CUUUCUCUUCCUUUACCCGGAAGUCUUUGUCCUGUAAUGGUCUCUGUGCUGCGAGCGAGGAGGGAGUUUUGAAGGCGUUUUAAUGUCCCUCCGAUGACUCCGAUGACUCUGAUGACUCCGAUGACUCCGAUGACUCUGAUGACUCCGAUGACUCUGAUGACUCUCGGGACUAAACGUUGCUUUACCUCCGAUAGCUAAACCGCCUCGUACAGUCGAUGACGGACACGGAGAGUACAGCAUUUGGUGAGACCUUCAUGGAGUUGGUCCCGCCCCCACUCCCUGGGCGCCCAGCCACGCCCCCACCCCAGUGUCCAGAGCUUGACCUGUCCAUCACCCUCAGCCUGGAUCAGCUGGAACUCCCGGAGCGGUGUGCAGAUGGAGACGGAGUUCGGGAGAGAGGACGCCCUCACACACGCCAGCGGCAGGUGCGCUUUGCUGUGAGCCCUUCAUGCUCAGUGGACCAGCCUCUUAUCACAACGGUGAUUCCACAGACCUGUGACAACCAAUCAAGAGCUGAGAAACCAAACAGCAAGGAAAAGCAAAAGGGAAGGCGGGGCCAUCAUCCGACAGAGGUGUCUGAUCAGAGUGGAACAUCACUGUUAGAGGGGGCAGAGCUGAAUACCACUCUGGCUCUAAAGGCAGAGCUUCGACAGCUGGAGGAGGCGGAGUUUGAUGCCCAGAAGGCUGUGCAAGAGAAAAUGCAGAACUCAACUCUUACUCGAGAGUGUAUAAGAGUGAGAGCAUCACAAGGGCUGAACUUUCCCCGCUCUCAGCACUUGUACCGGGCUCUUGUAAGCGUCAGCCUAUCACAUGACCAGCUCAUCAGCCAGGUGCUACGGGAUAGGCCAGGACUGACCCCGCCCACAGUCACUUACAACAGCAAGUUCCACUCACUACCAGCAGAGGGCCCAGACCUGUUUGCCUUCUACAGCCCACAGCAGCUUAUCAGAGAGACACCUCUGUUGCCAGGCGACCAGAUCCCCGUGGCCAGCCCCUGUCCUGUACCUAGACCCAGUCACGCUACCUUUCACCUACACGAGCGGCACAGGCAGUGGGACGUGUGACUCCGCCCAUCACUUCCUGUGGCUGUGGCCAAGAUUGUGCUGUGUGGGUUUGUGAACUGAUGACGACGACCAAGUCCUGGUUGUGUAUGUAAAGCUGAGGGUGUGUGUGUGUGUGUGUGUGUGUAGGUAGAAUGACAUGGUUUUAACAUGUACAGUGAUUGGACUACUGAAUAAAUGUAUGUUGCACA